AUGGCGGAAUCCCUCCGCCUCGUCCACAACCGCCUCACGUGCCUCGUCGACCGCCGCACCAUGGCCCGCGUCUGCCACGCCUGGCGCGCCGCCGUCAAGCCGCUGCAUCCUCCGCCGGAGGAGAGGCCUCUCCCGUACAUCCUCCUCCCGGGAGAUGGGGAGCGCUCCUUCUCGUGCGCUCUCCGCGGCUGCGCCACCCACCGCUUCCACAUUCCGGACAUCCCGCGCGACGCGCGCUGCUUCGGCGCCCACCCCGGCGGCUGGCUCUUCUUCGCCGUCGCCCAGACAACCAAGAACGCGAUCCUCCGCGACGAGUUCCCCUCGGGCAUCCCCGACGUCCUCCACCUCGACGAUCGGCCGCCGGACAAGGACACGGACGUGGUCAUGUUCGCGGCGACCAUCUCGUCGCAUCCGGAGGACCAACGCUGCAUCGGCGCGGCCAUCCUCUCCCACUUCCCCGACGUCACCAACCCGUCCAUCUACGCGUUCUUCCGCAUGGGAGUCUUGCCCGCGAUGGUGGCGAACGGCGAUGACGCCAGCAACGCGGGGUCGGCAUCAGGCCUGGAGGAUCUCAUACACUACGACGAUGCCUUCUACUUCCUCACCGGAGAAGAAGGCCUCCUCGUGUUUCGAGUAUCCGAGUUCCACGACUUCAAGGACGAGGAGCUUGACAUAGCCCCCAUCGAGAUUCGCCGCUUCCCUCGCCGCGGGCGCGGCCACUACGGCGAGGACGACGUCGCCGUUGUCCGCUACCUGGUGGAGUCCCGCGGGCGCCUCCUCAUGGUGGCCAGGAUCGCUGCUGGCGCUGGUCCUCUCCGCCCCUCGCCGCCGUCGCCGACGACGACGUCGGAGUUCAGGGUGUUCGAGAUGGCGAGGCGAUCGACGGCAUUCGCCGCCACCAACAACGAUGGCGCCGAGUACGACUGGGUGGAGCUGGACUCGCUGGGAGGCCGCAUGCUGUUCGUCGCACGAGGCUGCUCGACAUCGUACGAGGUGGCGAGGCAUCCGGGGUUCGAGGAGGGCGUCUACUUCCUGGACGACGGGAGGCUCUACGGCGAGGUGGCAAUGUUCAGGGAUCCAAAUCUGCGGCAAUACCCCUGCAGAGACAGCGGCAGGUGGCUGGCGUCGGCGCCGGAGGCGGUUCCACGCGUGGACAACUUCUUGCCGGAGCAAGCCCCGUCGAACUACUCACCGCCGGCUUGGUUUCUUCCCUGA